ACAAACACACACACAUAGAGAGAGAGAGACAGGACACUACAUGCCUUGAUUUUAGUGGACAGGGACACAUCAAUCGGGAAAGAGAAAGAAAAGAAAAGUGAGAAUUCUGGACAUCUUGUACCGUAGCGAUGCCAGGGAGUGGGUCGUCCGCAAGACUCUGUGCGGACUACGUUCCAGUCACGCUGAGGUCUCGGAGGCCAUUGGUGCUGCCUCAUGGUAUUAGACCGCCCUAUCCUGUCAAAGAAUCCAAGAGGAGUGUACAUCGGCGAUAUGUCAAUGCGAACCGGUCCCGGAUACCCUUCCCGUCAGCCGUCCGGAUAACCGAUAGGUGGAAUGUCCAGAGACGUCAAUCGGCUCCGGAUGGGCGACGGUACGCGACAGCGGUAGGCUCAAAUCACGUCGCAGCUGAGCCGCAGGGGGGCCCGUUAAAGGAAUAUGAUUCAAGGGUACAACAGGGUCGGUUACGGGAUGACUCUUAUCAGAGACAGAUUAUUGAGAGACUGCAAGACCUUUAUGAAAGGCUGCGAACCUACUGCCCUCCUGCCGUGAUCCACCCGAAUCCCGAGUCGUUGGAUCCUCAGCCGAAGACGUCGUUCCUUGGUUCUUUGUUCGGGCGCAGCAAGGCGAAGGAAGAGUUAACCAUCCCCGAGAGCCUCCCAAAGGGCCUGUAUAUGUAUGGAGAUGUCGGGUGUGGGAAAACCAUGCUCAUGGAUCUGUUCUAUGACACCCUGCCGUCGAAUAUCUCGUCCAAGUCUCGGAUCCAUUUCCACAACUUCAUGCAGGAUGUACAUAAGCGCGUGCAUGUGGUCAAGAUGCGGUACGGCAAUGAUUUUGAUGCACUGCCCUUAGUAGCCGCGGAUAUCGCCGAGAACUCGAGCGUGCUGUGUUUCGACGAGUUCCAGUGUACAGAUGUUGCCGAUGCUAUGAUUCUGAGGCGCCUUCUUGAAUCCCUCAUGUCCCAUGGGGUCGUGCUCGUCACCACCUCCAACCGGCACCCCGACGACCUGUACAAAAACGGCAUCCAGCGGGAAUCUUUCAUCCCAUGCAUCAACCUUCUGAAAACCGCUCUGGACGUGAUCAACUUGGACUCCCCCACCGACUACCGCAAGAUCCCUCGUCCCACUUCCGGUGUCUACCAUCACCCCUUAGGCCCGGAUGCUAACCAGCAUGCCCAGAAAUGGUUCGAGUUCCUCGGCGACCCGAAGGAUCCCCCCCACCCAGCAACGCAAGAGGUCUGGGGCCGCAAGAUCGAGGUGCCCCUGGCCAGCGGUAGGGCCGCUCAGUUCAGCUUCCAGCAAUUGAUUGGUAGAGCGACAGGAGCAGCAGACUAUCUAGAGCUAGUCCGGAACUACGAUGCGUUCAUCAUCACCGAUGUCCCGGGGAUGACGUUGAAUCAGCGUGACCUCGCGCGUCGAUUCAUUACUUUCAUUGAUGCCGUCUACGAAAGCAGAGCCAAACUAGUCCUUACGACCGAAGUGCCCUUGACCAAUCUCUUCCUCUCCGAGGCGGAAGUGAAGAGCUCUCUGGGGGAAGGGGAAGGCAGUGAUCUCUCCGAUGCGAUGCGAAUGAUGAUGGAUGACCUUGGCCUCUCCAUGACAGCGCUGAAGUCCACCUCCAUCUUCAGCGGCGAUGAGGAGCGGUUUGCGUUUGCCCGUGCGCUCUCCCGUCUCUCCGAGAUGGGCAGCAAACAAUGGGUGGAGCGGGGAUUAGGAGUUGGGAUGGAUGUUGAACAGGGCAAAAGCGAACACGACGCAUGGAUGAAAGCGAGAAGUCAUUGGAGCGAGGAUAAUAUGUGAGGAUUGAUUCCACAUGAGUCUCCAUUUUUUUUGUUGCAUUAGACCGGUGUUGUUCUAUACCAUUUCCUUUUCUUUUUAGAUUUCGUUCCCCUGGUGCAUGGGAUAUACAUAUGUUGAUCAUCUAGAUGCAUAGCCUCUGCGUUUGAUAUGGACAUAUCCUGUAUCCUGAAUCAUCUAUAUUCCUUUCUAUGAUUAUUAG